AUGAGGACGACCUCUUACAGAUCGACUAUCCGUCCACCAAAUAUACCGUACAGAUCGACUAUACGUCCGCCAUAUAUACCGUACAGAUCGACUAUCCGUCCGCUAAAUAUACUGUACAGAUCGACUAUCUGUCCGCCAAAUAUACCGUACAGAUCGACUAUCCGUCCGCCAAAUAUACCGUACAUAUCGACUAUCUGUCCGCUAAAUAUACUGUACAGAUCGAGUAUCCGUCCGCCAAAUAUAUCGUACAGAUCAACUACCUAUCCGCCAAAUAUACCGUACAGAUCGACUAUCCGUCUGCCAAAUAUAUCGUACAGAUCGACUAUCCGUCCGCCAAAUAUACGGUACAAAUCGACUAUCCGUCCGCCAAAUAUACCGUACAGAUCGACUAUCCGACCUCCUACCGAUGUACCAACAACUAACGAUCAACGGUUGACAGAUACUGAUCCUGCGUGA